CCUGAGUUUGGCGCUAGAUUUCAGUUCUUUUUGUAUCCAGACAAGGAAAGACAACAAAUCAGAUUGACUGUGCGCAUCACCACGGAUAACAGGGCAUUUAACCAUGGAAGGAGAGGAAGACCUGGACCUGCUGGCCUCGCUGCUAGAGGAGAAUGAGAAGGCAGAACAGGGGGGCCUGCAGCCGCAGGAGGGGGAGGGGGAUGACCUGGAGGACCUGUUCGAUAAUGAAGACGGAGAAGAGUAUAACGAGGGGUCCGAGGAGGAAGAGGACAGGGCCGCCAGGGAGCAGGAGGAUGGUGUAACUGCAUUGUUUGGAGAUGUGGCUGAUUUAGAGGAAGAGGAGCCAACCGGGAAACAGUUCAGAGAAGCACAAGCUGAGGAAACGCAAGACAAAUCCAAACAGGACUUGGAAGCGGAGCUGAGAAAAAUGCAGGAGCAAAUGAAGAAAUUACAGCAGCAGCUGGAAGCCACACAGAAGACCAUCACAAGCCCUCCUCACAGAUCACCGACUGGCAAGCAGAAUGUGCAACCAGAAAAGUCCACACCCACUUCCCUGGAGAAAAGUGAAAUAAGAAGAAUCCAGGAGUCCCCUGCUUUCUCUUCCCAGCUUAAUAAUAUCAGUCAUUUCAAAUCCAAGCAAAGACCAGCCCAUCAGCCAAAAGCUGCAAAACCAGCGAACCGGAGCCCGCCAGGGAGAAGCGUGUGCCCGAGUUCCACGGCGCAGCCCCCCCAGAGCAGCGGUAACCCCAGCCCCGCCUUGCGACCCCCCCCUCCAGGGGGCACUGUUCCCAGCAGCUCCACACCUGCCCCUCAGGACUGUGCUGUGGAAAAGUUCUCUGGACUCAGGCUGAGGAAGCCACGGGUGUCCUCUACAGAAAUGGAGUGCAAGAUGGCAGAGCGCAGACUGAUCCGUCUGUCCCAGCUGCCCGAGAGAGUGGCACGGGAGAACCUGGAGGACAGCGACUGGGUCACUUUCGGGGUGAUCAUCAGCAAGGUCACCCCACAGAGCUCCAACAGUGGUAAAACGUUCAGUAUAUGGCGUCUUAAUGAUCUCCGCAAUCUGGAUAUAUUCGUGUCUCUGUUCCUCUUCGGAGAAGUUCACAAGCAGCACUGGAAGACUGACCCUGGUACUGUCAUUGGGAUUCUCAACCCCAACCUCAUGAAGCCCAAGGAGGGCUCGGAUGGUGUAUGUCUGUCUGUGGACAACCCACAGAAAAUUUUGCUCAUGGGUGAAGCUCUGGACUUUGGGACUUGUAAAUCGAAGAAGAAAAAUGGAGAUCCCUGCAGCCAGAUUGUGAACUUGAGUGAGUGCCAGUUUUGUCAGUACCAUGUGAAAGCGCAGUAUAAGAAGAUGAGCUCCAAGAGGGCAGAGCUGCAGUCCAGCUACUCUGGGAAAGCCCCUAACCAAGUGAGGAGGAAGGGGGGCAGCCUGAAAGAGAGACUUUGUCAGGAAGGUUUCCACUAUGGAGGAGUGUCUUCAGCAGCCUGUGCAACAUCUCUUUCCGCCUCUGUUCCAAAGAAACCAAGUCAGACAACAUUAAGUAACCUGUUUGUAAAAGGAUCGGACCAAAUUAUGAGAGACGCCAAGAAAAUAGCAAUGCUGUCCAACGGUGUCACAGGAUGCUCUGAAGAUUUUAAGAACCUAUUGGCCAUGCCAACUCCAGGGGCCCUGAAUUUGAAAAGGCACUUAAACCAUGUAAAACCUACAGCCGGUUCUAAUGGUCAGCCGGGGGCAGCCAUUCAGUCAGUAUCUGCCUCCCAGCUCCUGAAACAGCAAAAACAGCAAAUGCUGGAAUCGAGAAGGAAGAGAGCCGAAGAGAUUCAGAGAAGGUUUAUGCAGAACUGUGGGAAACCUGGCGUCCCCGCGACCCCCACCCCAGGGAGACCAGUUCUGUCCCCGAGGGCGGGCGCCGAGUUCCCCACACAAGACAAGACCGUAGCCACGCUACAGACGCCCAAACUGGGCUGCGGCUUGGACGAAGGACAGGACGUCUUGUUUUUCGACGGCUCUCCUCCACCUGCACCCACCCCAAGCUUAUCAGCUGCCAGGGCAGCUGCUUUAAAGAAGUUGCGGGCAAAAGGAGCAGUGAUCCCAAAAGCAGAUCCUAAUGCUGUUAAGCGGAAGAGAUUGAACACCAGCAGCAGUGAAGUAACUGCGAGAGUGGAGAGGAACCUGGCGUCGCCUGACAACGAGCAGCCUGAGGCAGGAGAGGACCAGCCUGCUGCGAAGAAGCGCCGGGAAACCCUGGAGUAUCUGAAGUCUGAAGAGUUUCAGGAAAUACUCAAAGCCACGUCGAGACACACGGGGGCGCUGAAAGCGGCCGAAAUACAAAUCCAGGAGCAGUACUUUGAGCCUCUGGUGAAAAAAGAGCAAAUGGAGGAAAAGAUGAGAAACAUUCGCGAACUGAAGUGCAGAGCUGUAACAUGUAAAACGUGUAAAUAUACGUAUUUCAAGCCCUUGGACAAAUGUGUUGAUGAGAAUCAUGAUUAUCACUGGCAUGACGCAGUGAAGCGCUUCUUCAAAUGCCCAUGUGGUCAAAGAGCAAUAUCUCUGGACAGGCUGCCUCAUAAACAUUGCAGCAAUUGUGGUCUUUUCAAGUGGGAAAGAGAUGGAAUGUUAAAGGAGAGGAGUGGCCCAAAGAUUGGAGGAGAGCUGUUGUUGACCAGAGGAGAAGAGCAUCAGAAAUUCCUCACCAGUUUGAAAUGAUAACAGGACUCGGGACUUUCUGGCGACAGGAUCAUGUGAAAGAGCAGCAGUCAUUGGUUUUUGUUCAUACCCUGCCAGCAUGUUAAUGUGUUGUCCUUUCACGGCCCUUUUGACUACAUUAUCCUUAUUUUACAGGCAAAAUGUUUUUAUCACCAGUCGUUGAUGUGAUUUUUUUAUAUAUAUAUUCUUAUAAAGCAUUAGAAAACGCCAACAUGCAUUUAUGUGGUGUGUACCACCAUUUUAAAAAAUCUGAAGGUCUCUAUCUGAUGAUGAAAGUCCUUUUUGUUUUCACUUUCACCCAAGUGUAGAACUUGUGACGAAACUGAGUACCUUUGACAGUUAGCAUGUCUCUGAGAAACGUUUUAGGAAUGAUGUGCCUUUCAUUUUUCAAAAUCACAUACCAGCAGAUUUAUUUUUUUUAAAUGCAGGAAAUGUUUUUAUGUAUAGUCA